AUGCCUUCCCUCGUGCCGCUGGACAAUACCCUGGGCGCAUUGUACGUCGGGGUCAUCUUCUCUAGCAUAGUGUACGGGGUCAUCUGCACGCAGGCGUUCCUGUACUAUACCGAACACUGCAAGCGGGAUGGAUGGUUUUUGAAAGGUUUUGUUGCAUUCCUCUGGUUCCUAGAAACCGUCACUUGUGUCUUAUUCAAUUUCGGAAUGUACUAUUACACCGUGACCAACUUCGGUGAUUACGACGCUUUGCUACAUAGCGCAACUGUGUGGAGCAUCCUAGUCGAGAUCGGGCUCAGCACAUUCAUAGCCUUACUUGUGCAAUGCUUCUUUGCCCAUCGCGUAUAUAUCCUUGGCGGGAAGACCCUAGUCCUUCCCAUUAUCAUCGUUAUACUCUCCCUCGCCCAAUUCUCGCUUGGAAUGGUCUAUACGGACGUAUCGUUGAGUUUUAAGCGUCUGUCCGGCGGCACAAGCGACUUCCCCUACGUUAUCAGUCUCUUCGGUUUGGAGCUAGUUGCCGACUGCACGAUCGCGGCGUCGUCCAUCUACUAUCUUCGCUCCCGCGCCAGCCAUAGCGGGAUCUCUACGACGAGGCGUGUAAUCAAUCUGAUCAUCAAGUUCGUCGUAAACACAUGCUUACUCGAAGUGUUCUGCCUCAUCCCCAUCCUGGCAUUGUGGACAGCCGAAGCCGACACCUUGAUCUUCAGUCCGUUUGUGUGUUCUCUUCCACGAAUCUACUCUGCCUCGGUUAUGUGCUCACUCAAUAACCGGGACCAUCUUCGUGGCCUCAGCGGCUCGCGUACGAAUGGUGCAAUCACGCUAUCGACCUUCCAGACGGAAUCCACUGACAUGCGUACGCAAACGAGCGGGGGAUCUACAGAGACUACUGGGCAAGCUUUGGAUAUCUCGAAGAGACAUGUUCGGCUGCCACGAGACAGGGUGAACCAGAUGCCCAGCGAAGACGCUGGGUCUCAACACGAUGUCGACUUCAAGGGCGGAUUCAUGACGGUCUGA